ACCUGUUGUUAUCCUGCACUCGUGCCUAAACGGAUAAAAUAUAGAGCCAUGCCUGCUUCCGCGCAACUUUUCCCCUCCCCCCUUCCCUCGCCUUGACCUCGUUCUCUUUGAUUUUAACUUUGUUCUAGAAUCAGGAAAUAAGUUACGUCUAUGAUGCUGGGAGUCGCGUAAAUCGUCGGGAUCAAUCCCGAUGUAGUGAGCGAGAGUUGGUUCAUGUGCAUAACAUCGAUCCACACCCCUGUAGAAACGAUCCUUGUCUCGACUCAUGGGAUAUCAGCCUAUUGGCUUUUUCUGUUCCUCUAGAGACGGGAUAGAAAAAGGCUUAUUCGAAAUAUCCAAGAGAUCAACUUGUAUCCUUGUACAUUUCAUCAUCCCAGUCUCCGGGGCACAUUGGACUGCGCUCUGGAAUCCGGAAAAGGGACGGAGAAGGGGGGAGAGCUACCGGGUCAAUGGAAACGAUUUUGGAUGGUGGCGAUUCCGGACGAGUCUCUUUUUUUCAUAUAUUAUAUCGGAGAGUAGUUUUCGGAGUGGGAGGACCCAGUUCCCCGGCUCGUUUGACUCUGUAUACUGGAUUUUUGUUCGAGAGCGAGGGCAGUUUUCACGAUUGGCAAUUCAGGGUUGAAAAGAGGAAUUGGGAUUCCCACGACAUACAUACACGCACGCACGCAUACUUCUACGUGUCAGCGAGGCUCGUUGAAGAUUUGUUCGGUGAAGGAAUUGGAACGAGGCUGUUUGGAUCGCUAAUUGGGUUCUGGGACUACGCUGUCUAAGACUCCAAGACACUUUCACAAUGGCGUAUCUAGUGGUCGCUACUCUUCUUGCGCUGCACAGUGCCACUGCGCAAAGGACCUCUCUACCCGCCCCGCGAGCCAACCUCACCGUCACCAACGCAAAGACAUCACUAACGCUCCUCUACCAAAACAAUCUAAACGCUUCGGAUGAGAACAAUCAUGUGGGAGCGCUUUUGCUGGAUGCUGUCCCUGAAUACAGCGCUGCUGCAUCUGCAUGUGCGGCGUUGAACGAGCAGCUCCUGUCACGAGAAACACUGGCGGAAUAUGAGCAGGAUAUCGCCUACCAGCUGGCAUAUCAAGGAUACGCUGGAUACUUUGGCGUUGAAGACGGGUUCUACGUGGAUGGUGGAGUGUUCACUGUGGGUGGAGGGAACGCAUCUUCUUCUUCAUCGUCAUCGACGGCAUUGCCAGUGCUAUGUACGCAAUCGGCGAACAAUGGCUCGUCGAGCGCUCCUCCUGCCAAUGGAAGCUAUGUCACUCUAGAAGCAGCCGAUAACACGUUCGUUGGAUACCGCAACAAGAAGUCCUUCCGUUUCUUAGGGAUCCCAUAUGCGGACACGCCCUCGCGGUGGAAAUAUGCUUCGCUUUACUCGGGCACGGGCGAGACUCUCCAGGCUUCUUCUUAUGGAGCGCAAUGCGCGCAGGGAAGCUCUGGGAGCGAAGACUGUCUCUUCCUCAACGUUCAGACUCCGUAUAUCCCCAAAGCUGGGUCGCGCGAGAACCUCCGACCAGUCAUGUUCUGGAUCCAUGGAGGCGGCUUCACUGGCGGCACAGGCGCGGAUCCAGUAUCGGAUGGUGGAGACCUCGCGAGCAAAGAGGAUCUUGUUGUGGUUUCUAUCAACUACCGUCUCUCUACCCUUGGGUUCUUGGCUAUCCCCGGGACUGAUAUAAAGGGGAACUAUGGCAUUGCUGAUCAGAUUGUGGCGCUCGACUGGGUAGUUGCUAACAUUGCAGCAUUCGGAGGUGAUCCGGAGAGGAUUACAAUCGCUGGAGAGUCGGCGGGUGCUGGGAGUGUGAGGGCUUUGCUUGGAUCGCCUCGAGCGGCGGGGAAGUUCCAGGGGGCUAUCGCGCUGUCGAAUCUAGGAGGCGGAGUGACGCUGGGUCUCGAUGGCGACUAUGGGACUACCUAUAGCUCCUACUACACCAUCAACCAAUCCUAUACAGCAGCAGGCCCCCAAAUUUUCACGGCAGCAAACUGCACAAGCUCCACCCUCACCACGCAAAUCGCCUGCCUCGAAAAGCUCCCCGCCCUCCAACUCGUCUCGCUCCCCACAGUCGCCCGCUACGUAGUCCAAGACGGCACCUACGUAAACACGCCCAACCUCAUCCUCACCGCAUCACCGUCGACAAACUCGACUAACUCGACAACCGCCCACGUCCCCGUCAUCUUCGGCACCACAGCAAACGACGGGGCGUCUUUCUCCAAUUUCCCACCAGCAAACAUCACCACACAUGCCGAGGGCCUCCAACACGCCCUCUCCAUCAACGCAACAUGGGCCGCAAACAUCAUCGCCUCAACCCUCUUCCCUUUCUCAAACUCGUCGCACAACCUCACCCUCGACUCCUUCAACGUAAGCCAGCGCAUCGCCACGGACAAAACGUUCCGCUGCGUCGACCAAGCCACCGUCUACGCCGGCUCCUUCUCUUCCGCCCCUGUCUUCCCCGCUGCGUAUUACUACGAGUUUACACGCACGACCGGCGGGUACGAUCCCAACCAUCUCGGUGGACCCGCGGACAACGACCCAAAUAACCCCUAUUUCCGCCUCCACGGUGCGGAUCUACCGUGGGUUUUUGGAACGCUGGGGAAGGCGCAGAUGAGGGAUGAAGAGGACCUUUGGAGCGUGCAGCUUGUUAGUAGUUUGUUUGCGAGUUUUGUUAGAGCUGGGGAUCCGAAUCCUGGGGAGCGGGAGUUGAGGGUUAGAGGGUAUGAGAGGGUUUUGGAGGGGGUGAGGAGGGCGGGGAGGUGGAGGGGUGUUGGGGAGAGUGGAGAAGAGGAGGAGGAGGAAGGACAUGUGGUUAGGUUGUUGGAUUGGCCUGGGGGGAGUAGGGGGUGGGUUGAUGUGGAGCAGUGUGAGUGGUUGGGGUAUGGGUUGAGGUAUUAUUUGGAUGGGGGGGCUUGA